AUGGUGGGCGAGAAGGUUCUCCUAAAAGUCUCACCAAUGAAGGGCAUCAUGAGGUUCAGGAAGAAGGGCAAGUUGAGCCCAAGGCUUAUUGGCCCGCUUGAGGUGUUGAGGAAAGUUGGGGAGGUUGCUUAUGAGCUUAGUUUUCCUCCCAGCCUACCAGGAAUUCAUCCGGUCUUUCAUGUGUCUAUGCUCUGGAGGUACCAUGCCGAUAGGUUGCACGUACUAGAUUACAGCACGAUUCAGCUAGAUGAGAGUCUGGGUUAUGAGGAGGAUCUAGUUUCCAUUCUUGACCGGCAGGUUUGCCAGUUGAGGUCCAAGAAGAUUAUUGUGGUAAAGGUCCGAUGGAGGGGUCAACCAGUCGAGGAAGCAACUUGGGAGGCCGAGGAGGACAUAGGGAGUAGAUAUCCACACUUAUUCAGCACUCCAGGUACUGAGACAUGUUCUACCAGUGGUCACGCGGGCGCGUAG